UUCAUUUAUUCGUUUUGCGCCGUACUCGUCUUCUCUGCUAAUACGAAGCAAAUUAUGCGACUUGACCAUAUUGAGUGAACAUUUCCCGUUGAAACGCUACACAGUAAAGUUUAGUUCAAAACGUUUUUGCUUUUUCUUUUAUAAUCAUUUUUUUAAGUAAAUCCACGCGAAAAGUUUUGCAAUGCUUUAUAAAAGAAUUUUGUAUUUAUUGAUUUUAAAUAUUGUAUUGAUUGUGAACGUGUGUGAGGCACGUGGCGGUGGCCGUGGUCGCGGCGGUUCCUUUGGUGGCGGCUUAUUUGGCGGUUGGCGGAAAUACAAGAAACCUGUUACCAAUAAUGGCAGAACACGUAGAAUAGUGAGUAGUUCACCAAUGCAUACGGUUUUAACGAAAUCACUAGCUGAACAACGCAAAAGCAACGCUUAUCAUGGAAAUCUGUCGAAGAAAACGAAAUUAUAUAAACAGAAUGAAUUACGAAGAUAUCAUAUACCACCUGGUGGUUCAUAUUACCGUAGCAUGGAUGUUAUACCAAGCAAUGCUGUAUUUAUAUCAGAAGCCAGUGAUACGCUAGCUACCUACUUGGGUUUCACGCUAGGCUGGAAAAGCACUUAUCAUCCUCAUCAAAAUGCACAAGAACGAUAUCUAAAAAACCACGACAGCAUAAGCUCAUUUGCAUCCGUGAAAGAUAGCAAAGUUAAUGAAACAAGCUUCAUCACUUACAGUAAACGCAACGAAAGUAUUUUAACCAACAAAGUAGCUGAUUUUAUUAGGACAUACAAUGCGACCAUUAACCCAAUCGAAGAAUCUAAUGAUGAUUCCACAGCUACGAAUACCAUUCCUAAUCGACCAAAUAACCCUCCAGCGCCCUGGGGUGUUAUAUGCCUGCCUUUAACGAUAACGGAGAAAAAUAAUACAAAAUCUCAAGAGCUCCAGGAAUUGGAAAUAUUAAUAUGCUACCCUGCCCCACCACCUCCACCAAUUGAUGUUAAUAAAAAUGACUUCAGUUCAUAUCACUUAAUGCGUUUACUUGGAGUGACAACAUCUUCAACACCCAUUCAAAUAGCUGGAGAUAUAGAAGAGUAGGAACAAAAAGGAAAAAGAAAUGCAAUAAUUUAUAUAAUACAUUAAGAAAACCAUAUUAUUAUCCUUGGAGAGAAUUAAGAAUUCAAAAUUCUGAUUAUCUAAACAAUAGCGAUUUUUAUAUUUUUCCUGUAAUAAUACUAAAUUCACUCUGAACCUCUUAUGUUUGUCUACUAUAUAUAGUUUCAGAUAGAUAUGUUCUAUUGCUUGUAAUUUAAUAACGAGAAAAUUUACUAACUUUGGUAUUUUUAAAUUUUUUCUAAUUUAUUAUUUGAUCCGCUCAUUUUGAAACUUGAUCGUUCUUAGAGACCAUAUGUACUCAACUUCAAAAGGCGGUGUCAUUUCUUGAUGCCGGAGACGGUCGUACGAAUAGUUAAACAGCUUUUAUACACUGCCCCACUUGCGACACAAGGGGUUGCAAAACCCAUGUUUCAUUAUAUCAUUAAAGUUUAUCUGUCCGUCUGUCUGUUUGAUGACUGCCCAUGCAUUUUGUGUUCAAACUACAGGCAGCAAUUUUUCAGAUGUUAUCAUGAAAUUUGGUAUAUUUAUGUGCUUUGGCCCAAAGACGAACGCUCUUGGAAAUGGUUUGGACUUUUACUUCCCAUAUAAUGUCUUAUUUUGAAACAUUGUAAUCUGUUGUAACUGUAAGGUGUUGUAUGGUAGUUAAUGGUAAAUUCUUCCACUUAAAAUGUUCAUAAGGUUAACUUAUUCGAAAUAGAACGAGAACACUAACAUAACUUACCCUAAGCAGGUAGGUAUAAAUAUAAAAAAAAAAAAAAAAUUGCUAGGUUAGUAUAUGAAGACUAACUAAUGUGAAAUUACCUAAUUUGCUAUUCCCGUCAUCGAAUAAACAGAGAAACAAUGACGAAACACUUAUUGAAAAAAUUAAUUAAGUUUUUCUUUUUAAUAAGAAACAC